CCGGUGGAGAGGCGGGAAAGGGCAAAGAGACCAAGCGCGCGUACCCGAUGGGGUGGAAAGGUGAGAGCGCGCAUGCGCAAGUACAGAACGUCCGACGUUCUAACAAGGUUCCUAAGCGCCGACGCAUGCGCAGAGCUAGGGCUCGUGCGAGACAGAAGGGAAACAAGCCCUAGAUCCCGCCGCCAUUUUGCGCCGCGGCGGCUUGGAGCUUUUCUUCCGACGAUGGGGUUGGGCUGGGCCCCUCCAGCAAGGCCGGCCCUUUUCCUGUUUGGCUUGGCGCUUCUGGCGAGGCCGGCCGGUGCCUAUAAGCUGAACACACCAAAGGUGCUGCUGCCCUUCAGCCGGGACAAGCGCAUCCCCUUCGUGCUGGGCGCUGAGGGCGGUUGCUACUCCUGGUACUCCACACGCCAUGACACAGUCACCAUUGAUCCAAUGUACGAGAAUGGGACGGCUUGCUCUCAGAAAGCUUUGCUGACCACCUGCUCUACACAGGCCACAAAGCUGGCCAGCGUUAUUUUAGCAGAGGAGACAGUGACAGGUCAUCUGCUGCGUUGCGAUGUCAUUGUGGAUCUGAUAGACCAUGUUGAGAUCAUCUCCCGAACUCGAGAGAUCUAUGUGGAAGACUCCCCACUCGAGCUGAGUGUGAGAGCUCUGGAUGCUGAAGGGAACACAUUCAGCAGCUUGGAGGGGUUGGAAUUUGAGUGGAGCGUUGCCAAGGAUGAUGAGUUGGAAAACGUGGAGCUCUCGAGCAAAAUUAGGAUUUUAAAAUAUUCUGAGGCAGAAUAUUCUCCGCCCAACUACGUAGUUGAGAUGGAAAGAGAGGAGAAACAAGGAGAUAGGAUUCUGGUGUCAGGGAUCAAAACAGGUGCAGCCGUCAUAAAGGUCCGAAUACAGGAGCCUGUCUACAAGAAAGUUGCUGCUGCGCUGGUGCGCCUGCUGGUUUUGGAGAACAUAUUCUUAAUCCCUUCCUAUGAUGUCUACCUGCUGGUCGGAGCCUACAUUAAAUACAAAGUUGGCAAAAUAGUUCAGGGAAAGAUCACAGAGGUGCAGUUGCCUCUUGAGCAUUAUGAGCUGGAGCUACAAGACGCUGUGAAGGCGCCUAACGCUUCUGGCCUCCCUGUGGCCAAACUGGAUGCAAAGACAGCUACCAUCACCGCCAUUCAGCUGGGACAGGUUAACCUGGUCUUAGUCCACAAAAACAUCCACAUGCGAGCCUCCUCUGGACUUCCCAACUGCAGCAUAUAUGUUGUGGAGCCUGGAUAUUUAGGUUUCACUGUCCAGCCCGGCGACAGGUGGAUCCUAGAAGUGAAGCGAGAGUAUACCAUCACAGUCGAAGUGUACGACAAAUCGAGCACCAAGAUCUACCCAUCCGAUAAUCUUCGAAUAACUCACCAGUUUCCCCAAGAAUACUUUCAAGAGUUUAUAUCUUCAGUGAACGGCUCCUACCACGUAGUUCGGGUUUUGAAGGAUGGCGUCACCGUCAUUGAAGCUGCGCUGGUGUCUGUUCUCCUCCAGAGUGGUUCAGAAGAUUUAUUAAAGCCGCCCAUCAGCCACAAGCAGGAAGUGAAGAUUUACCUUCCCAUUAUGCUGACGCCCUCCUUCUUGGCAUUCCCACACCACCCACUGGACAUCUUGUACCGGUACAAAGUUCAGGUGGAGGGAGGCAGUGGCAACUUCACAUGGAACUCUUCCAAUCAGACAGUGGCCACCGUCACGGUGAAAGGGGUGGUUACAGCAGGGCUGGUUGAGGGCCAAACCGCCGUGCAGGCCAGAGAUGUGCAGAACCCUUUCCACUUUGGGGAAAUACAGGUGUAUGUGCUAAAGCUCUCAAAGAUGGAGAUCUUGCCAUUCCAUGCAGACACUGAGAUUGGACAGACCUUGGAAGUCCCACUCAGGAUGUACCACAUUGAGAAAGAGACGGGGGAGACCAUCGCUUUCACGGACUGCUCACUCUUACCCCUGGAUGUCGGCAUGGAUAAGCAAGGAGUGUUUUCCCUGGAUGAAACGGGUAAGCAGAAAGCUGGCCCACAGUUCUGCUCCACCAUCCAUCUAGCAGCCAAGUCUCUCGGCCAUACACUGGUGACAGCCAGUGCCACCAUCUACGAGGAGUAUUUUGACACGAGUGCCACCUUUGCUGCUUAUGAACCGCUCACGGCUGUGAACCCUGUGGAGGUGGCUUUGGUGACCUGGCAUUCCGUGAAGGAAAUGGUGUUCGAGGGAGGGCCCAGCCCAUGGGUGUUGGAGCCGUCCCGCUUCUUCUUGGAGCUGAAAGUGGAGCAUAAGGACAAAGUCCACGUGAUGGAGGUUCGUUUGCCAGCCAAGAGGAAGCAAAACCAGUACAUUUAUCGGACCACAUGCCUGGAGCUGGGGGAACAGGUGUUUACGUUCCAGGUGGGCAAUCAUCCGGGCGUGCUAAACCCCAGUCCCGCUGUGGAGAUGGUGCAGGUGAGGUUCAUUUGUGCCCACCCUGCCAGCAUGGCCGUGACACCUGUGUAUAAGCUGGCAGCUGGCACUCCACCUUGCCCUUUGCCUCAGCACCACAAGCAGCUGGUCCCCGUGUCCAGUUUGAGGAACACCGUUUUGGAGCUAGCUCUGUUCGACCAGCACCGGCGGAAGUUUGAUAACUUCACCUCCCUAAUCCUGGAAUGGAUAUCGGCCAAUCAAAGCCUUGCUUACUUCACUCUACCGAGGUCCAUGCAGAUGGUACCGAAGGAUGAUGGGACUGGACAGACCAGGCUCCAUGGACACCAGCUCCUUGAGGUGCGGCAGAUCAAAGGGACGGUGUUGAUCUCUGUCAACUUUGUGAAAUAUUCUGAGAGAGGGAGCCCAAGAGAGGUCUCUAACUCCCCUGCCUCUGCCACUGUGGAACUCAUGCUGGUUGAGGACGUGACUGUGGUCCCGGAUAACAUCACCGUGUACAACCAUCCCGACGUCAAGGAAGUGUUUGCACUGGUGGAAGGGUCCGGUUACUUCCUUGUCAACAGCAGCGCACAGGAGAUGGUGAACCUCACUUACCUGGAAACAGAGAGCGCCAUUCAGGUGGUUCCUGUCCUUCCUGGCUCUUUGACCUUGGAGGUCUACGACCUGUGCCUGGCCUUCCUGGGACCUGCUACAGCCUACCUUCGCAUCUCCAAUAUGUACGAGUUGGAAGUGGACCUUGUGGAUAAGAUUGAGGUUGGGAAAUCCGUGCUGGUCUCCGUGCGCGUCCUGGGACAUCACCGGUACCCCUUCCGGAGUAAAUACUUUGCCUACAUGCGGCUCCAGCUGAAGGCAGCCUCCCCCAUUGUCGCAUUGACGCUAAUGGAGGAAGUGGGUGACUAUUCCGAAGUCUAUGUCCUCCGAGCCAUGGCUGUGGGGCAAACAAGUUUAGUAGCCAUGGCCUGGGACAAAAUGGGAAUCAAAUUCACCUCGGCGCCUCGGAAAGUGGAGGUCUUCCCACCAUUCAAGCUCAUCCCAGAGAAAAUAACCCUCAUUCCACACAACAUGAUGCAGGUGAUGUCAGAGGGCGGCCCACAGCCUCAGUCCCUCAUUCACUUCUCCAUCAGCAACCAGUCUGUGGCCACAGUUAACGGAGUGGGGCAGGUCCUGGCCAAGGCUGUGGGCACAGCCACAAUCCUUGGGACCAUUCGGGCUGUCAACGAAGACACGGGAAAAGUCAUUGUCUUUUCACAGGACCAAGUAGACCUGGAAGUUGUUCAGCUGCGAGCGAUAAGAAUCCACGCUCCUGCCACCAGGCUCAUUACGGGGACCAAGAUGCCUGUUUAUGUUGUUGGCCUGACCAGCACUUUGACUCCAUUCUCCUUUGGGAAUGCCGACCCAGCACUGACGUUCCACUGGGCGAUGAGCAAGAGGGAUGUCCUGGACCUCCUUCCUAGACACUCGGAGGUUUCCCUGCAGCUUAUUCCGGAAAGUAACUUUGCCAUGGUCCUGCACACGAAGGCAGCUGGGCGGACGAGCAUCCAAGUCACGGUGCAGGCUUUGGACCCGGAUGCUGGGCAGUUUGAAGGACACCUCUCCGAGCUCUCAGAUGAAGUGCAGAUACUAGUCUUUGAUAAACUGCAGCUCUUCUCCCCGGAGUGCUCUGCAGAGCAAAUUCUGAUGUCCAUGAACUCACAGCUCAAGUUACUCACAAACAGGGACGGGGCGGCCUUUGUGAACGCUCAGAUCCUGCAGUGCUUCCCCAACUCCUCUGUCAUUGAGGAGAACAGGCAUGGCGUCCUCAAGGCAGGAGCUGUCACAGGCACUGCGGUGCUGGAGGUGACAGCCUUGGAACUCUUCGGCGUCAACCAGACUGUCAUCACUGGAGUGCGGGUGGCCCCGGUGUCCUACCUGCGGUUGAGCAGCACUCCCAAGCUCUACACGGCCAGCCGGGAGCCCCUGCAUGCCUUUCCCCUGGGCAUGUCCCUCACCCUCGCCGUUGAGUUCUACGACAGUGCCGGGGAGAAGUUCCACGCCCAGAGCACCCAGCUUUACCUGGCCUUGAACAGAGAUGACCUGCUGCUCAUCCGACCUAGCAACAAGAAUUACACCUACAUCGCCCAGGCUGUGAACAGGGGGGUGACCCUGGUGGGCGUUUGGGACGAGAGGCACCCGGGCAUGGCGGAUUAUAUCCCUGUCCCGGUGGAGCACGCCAUCGAGCCGAACCUUUCCGAGCCGCUUGCCAUGGGAGACGUGGUGUGUUUCAGCACGCCUCUUGUCAACCAAGAAGGAGAACCUGGGACAUGGCAAAUCACUCCAAGCGACCUCCUUGAGAUGGACACAUUGAGCGGAGCGGCCUUCGCAAAGCACGCUGGGAAGGCCACCGUCUUCCACGAUAUCCCAGGGAUAGUGAAAACUUACCGAGAGGUUGUCAUCGGGGGGUCCUCCAGACUCAGCCUUCACCUUGGUCCCAAACAGUACCUGACCAACACUCCAAACUCGUCUGAGUUCCGGGUUUUCAUCAGCACAAGUGGCACUAAAACAACCCUCCGAGGUCCUUGCAGUUCUGUCCAGCUUAAUGCCAUCGCAGACCUGCUUUCCCCAGAAUCUCACCUGACCUGUCAGGUGGAGUUCAGCAUGUUGUUCCCGGACAUCCCAGCACAGAGGAUCUUUCAUGCCCAGUCUGCGUUCUACACUGAUAAAGGUCUCUACGCCUGCAUCAUCACAGUGAAAGACCAGCUGGAAGCCGACCUGCUGGCCCUGAGCACCGCUGGGGGCUCGGUGCACGUGACGGCCUCCCUCCUCAGCGACCAGAGCCCAGAGGGGACACAGAGGCUCUCGGUGCCCUUUCUGCCUGCCUUUUACAUGAACCAAUCCGAAGUGGUCUUCAGCAGCACAGAGCUGAGCAGGGAAAUCGUGGUGCUGGGGGCAAGGCGAGUGACUGAAGAAACGGAGGCCCAGCCCAGCUCCCCAGUGAUCCAAGUGGGACGCCCCUUCCAUCUGGUGGACAUGCCCGGGCUUGUCGUCUUCCCAGUCAGCGUGGUCAACCUCACAUCCCUCCAGCAGAUGGCAGCACCCGUCUUCGUCAACCUCUCCUGCACCCUUACAGGCCAGAGGGCCGCUGUGUUAAUGCGGGCACUGCCAGACAGGCAUUUGUUUGACCAGUGUGCUGAAUCAGGCCUUGUCAAGCAGCUUGUGGGCUCAUACCAGGUCCUCCUCUUCACCAUCUUCGCUGUUUUAGCAUCCACCAUGGUCAUCUUUCUCACCUACAAUGCCUUCCUGAGCAGAGUACAGGCAGUCCCUGUAGUGUACGUUCCCACAUCAGGCAUGGUACAGACAGGGUACCUCUCCCCUCCACCCAGUGCGCAACAUCACUAUUCCAGUGUCAGGAACAGGACUCAGGCCUGGCUUUGGAGCGUUCGAAGAUGACCAUCACUGGACACAGAGGCACAUGUAAGCCAUGUAUUAAAAAGUAAACUGGUGGAAACUUGUAGCAGCUGUCUUCAUUAAAUAGGAAGGGCAGACAUGGUUGAAAGAACUUUGA